AUGGCCCAACCCGACAGGUACGGCCACGGCCUCGAAGUCGCCCCCGAAGCCCACCCUGAAGUGGCCGCCCACGAACACCUGCGCUCAACCCAGCACCUCCCCGAGGUCCUUCCCGGCGAGUAUUACGGCGACAACGGCCUCAAGCAAGCCGUGUCUCCCUCAACGUACCCACAUCCUGCUUCAGCAUACCCAGCGGGGUUGGAAUCUGUCGUGGAUGAACAUCAUAAUGACAAGUACGGACACGGGAACGGGGGGUACUUAUUGCCGCCGGGGUACGCGGGGUACGCGGGGGACGAGCCGGCGGAGGGGGGGAAGAGGAAGUGGUUGAUCAUCGGCGGGGUGGUUGCAGUGUUGGUGAUUGUUGGUGCGGUACUGGGUGGUGUGUUGGGGAGUCGAGCAGUUAUCAACUCGGCGUCAACAUCUGCCGAGUCCACGUCCACGUCCACAUCCACUUCCUCGUCCGACUCCUCCAGCAACAACAACCCCUCAGAAACCAACACAGCCCACCCCUCGGCCACGCCAUCAGCAACCCCCAAGAUGAUCCGGUCCGGCUCAGCGCUGUCGGUAACAGCGCGACGACGGCCCGACGGCAACACGGAGACGUACCUGUUCUUUCAGGACCCGCAGGACGGCCUGCGGUAUGUGCGGUGCAACUCUGGUGGAAGGGUGACCGGGAACGAGACGGCGUGCUGGGAGGCGCCGGAGACGCUGAAAUCGUAUGCUAAGGCGGGGACGCGCAUCGCUGCGUCGAUGAUUGUGUGGGGGGAGGAGUUUGACCCCCAAAUCGAAAUCUUCUACGCCGGCUACCAAACCCGCCUCCUAGCCGUCUCCUUCCGCCCCUACGGCACCACAACCGACGACUCUCUCAACAAGCUCCAACUCUACACCUCCCUUGACUCCCCACUCACCGCCUACUGGCCCUGGACCCUCUACACCAACGCGACCGACAACCGCGUCUACCACCUCCGCAACCAGCUCGUCGGCUCCCGCACCUUCAAGCCUGCUCCCGUGUGGGACCACAACCAGCUCGACGCCACGCCGCGGCAUGAAAACUCUAGUCUUGCUAUCGUGCCAACGUCUACCAACUUCUCCAUGACGGCUGUCAAGGCAGGGUAUGCGUAUUUCUACCAGACCACCUCCAACAAAUUGGCGGUGGAAAUCACAGACCUCACCUCGCCGCAGCGCCCGGCACGGUUCGUCACGCCGUGGCCGAUCCACCUGCCAGAUAUAUCGCUCCCGGCGGAGGGAGCGCAGAUUUCUGCCUUCUCUGUCGGCCGCGCGGGCGAUCCCAGCCAGCGCGUCAACACAUAUGUGGUAUACCGCACCGCGGACGGACACACAGAGGUGUUAUUCUCCGACCCAACUCCCUCAUCUUCCUCCUCUUCCUCUUCUACUACAGAUAAUACGAACGCGGAAGACGGCAGCCCAGCAGUAUGGCGAACCACACGGCCAGCAGCGCUGCAGACGAUGGAUAAGGGCAGUGACUUGGCGUGUUUGACGAUGGCGACGUGGGUGUCGAGUGAUGAUGGGGUCGCGUCCUUGUUGGAGCCGGCGACGGGGGAGAAUCGGUGUUUUUUCCAGGCUGGGGGGGUAGUGAGGGAGGUGAAGCUCGAUGCGGGACGGGGCGAGUGGGUGGCUGUGGGGGAGGUGCCGAUUCCGUGA